AUGGAAGGUGAAAAUAUAUAUUCAUCUUUUUUAUUCAUAUCACUCUCCUGUACACCCACAGGUACGGAUUCAAUAUUUGAUGCACCAACGAUAACUCCAUCAACAUCAAAUCAAAAUACCACAACACCACCAAAUGGAACCAUAACUGAAACUCCAUCUCAAACACCAACACCAACACCAACUUCAACACCAACUUCAACACCAACUUCAACACCAACUUCAACACCAACUUCAACACCAACUACACCACCAAAUCCAUAUGCAGAUGGUAAAAUGAGAAUUAUAAUUAAUAUUCAAUCAACUGUAAAUUACACAUCACCCGAAUGUGGUGAUGAAAUUACACCAUGUAAAGGUAUAAUUGAUGGAUUUCAAAAGUUUAGACGUUUUAAGAAUAACAAUUCCGGUAUUCCAAUUAGAUUGUUAGAAUUUGUAAUUAUGCCAGGUCAAUAUGGUACUGAAAGUUUCCAAGAGUUGGGUUCAAAAUUAAAUCUCUAUGAAUUGAAUGUCAAUGUUUCAUUCAUUGGUCUAAGUGGACUUCAACCUGUUGAAUUCAUUGGUUCGGGUAUAGUUGAUUCAUUUAUCUAUAUCUCUGCUCAAGUUGCCAUUAAAGAAGGUGUUAAAAAUGUUACUUUUACCUAUGAAAACAUUGUCUUUAGAGAAUGGGAAAAAUACAAAUUCAUUGAAGUUUCUUUAAUUGACCCAUCAUUAGAUCCAAAUAAUUCAACUGAAAUUAAUAAUGCAAUUUCAAAUAUUAAUGGUAGUGGUGAUGUUGGUAAUGGUGGUGGUGGUGGUGUUGUUAAAAUUAUAUUUAGAAAAACUACAAUUAAAAAUAUGAUUGGUGAAGAUGUUGAUUCAAUUUCAACACAAGUUAAUAGAAUUGGUUGGUUUGAAUUAAUAUUUGAAGAUUAUUGUAAAUUUGAUUUUACAUCUGGUUCAAAUAUAUUCAAUAUUAGAAAUACAAAGUUGUACAUUAGAGAACAUACAAUCGUCCAAAGUGGUAGAGCCAAUGAAGCAUUUAUCAAUGCUAAAGGUUGUUUGAUUGAUAUCUCUGAUUCCUUCUUUAGUCAAUAUUUAACUAGAGAAGGUUUAUUGUAUACCGCUGACUCUGAUGUAAAUAUUACCAAUGUUCAAUUUAGUAAUAAUUUCGGUACUUUCUCUUCAAUCAUUCAUUACUCUGCCAUUAUAACCAAUUUAAAUAUUACCCAUUGUUACUUUCAAAAUAAUAUGGUUACUAAUAAUGGUGGUAAAGGAGAUUCAAUCAUUAUCGUAAAGAAUGAGGGUAAAGAAGUUGAAAACAAUCAUCAUGGAGUAACACCAAAACAAGAGAUUAUCAGUGUCCAAAAUCAAUCCAAUAAAGCCUCAAUUAUAAAUUGUACUUUUAUUGAAAAUAAUACACCAAAAUCAUUGGAUUCCGGUAUCAUUUGGGUGUACAAUUCAAUAAUGUUGAUUGAAGGUGGUGAAAUUAAUUCAAAUCCAAUCAAUGAUCAUGGUCCAAGUAUUAUCGCUCAUCAUUCAACCGUUGAAAUUAGAAAAACUAAAUUGAUUAGUACAAAUCCAUCAAUAACAAGUGAAUUCCCAUACAUUGUUUCAAAUUAUGCUAGUGUUCGAGUCCAAGAGAUAACAUUAUCACCAACUACUCAAUUACCAUUCAAAUGUGAUAGUUCCUUAAUUUUAUUUGAUUAUGCCUCAAGUAUAAAUGCAUCUUUGUUUGUUUGUAAUAAUAUUCAUGGAGAUGCUUAUAAUAGUACCUAUGCAAAUAUUGUCUCUGGUAAUGAUAUCAAUUCAUUCUCUUGUGAAAUCAUUCAAUUCGAUCCAAAUAUUCAACCACCAUCUAGAUCAACUCCAAAUAUAGUCUGUUCAAAUGAAUCUCAUCAUACCUAUAAAUAUGAUUUUAGAUUAACAAAAGCCAUCAUUGCUGUCAUUGUCAUUGCUUGUACUUUCCUCACUUUAAUUCCUGUGGUUUUAUUAGCAAAUAAAAUUUAUAAAAAUCUUUAUAGAGGUUAUGCUCCACAUGAAAGUGAAGAACCUGAUCUUGAAGAAUUUAGUAUCAAUAAUAAUAAUAAUCAAACUACUAAUGGUGAUAGAAAUGAUGGUUUUCAUGAUGUUUUAUAUGAAGAUGAAACUCCUGCAAAUAAAUCAUUAUUAAAAUAA